AUGGUUGGCAAUCUAUGCGGUCGCAAGCUGGCUCGCCGCUCCAAAUCAGCGCUGAUAGUAGCGCUGACAGUUCUCCUGGUUCAGACACUGAUCGUGUGGAACUUUAGUACCCUGGAUACCCGGGAAGAAGGGGCCAAUAGUAGCCGGGAGAAGAGGGACCAAGUCGGGGGCAUCAACAAAGCCUACAGCCAGUACCCCCGGAGCGGGCUGCCAAAGAGGCAUCACCAACCUCCGCUUGGGAAAGCGGCUGUUCGACACAAGCAACAACCCGUAAGAGUAGGGAGCGAAUUUAAGUCUACCUAUUAUUUAGUAGUAAUAAUGACGAUUUUUAAAAUCGAUGACUCUCUCUCUGCUAAAUGAUGUAAAUGUAAAUGUAAAUAACGACUAGCGUCAUUAUCAUUCAUUUUAUAUGCUACCAUUCCUGAUUAAUUGUAUAGGCUACCAUCCCCCACUACGCGUGGUUUAUUGUAUUGUAUUGUAUUGUAUUGUAGGCUAUAUUGUAUUGUAGGGUGGGAAGGCUGUUACGCAUGGAAUUGUUGUCAUCAGACGAAGCAAGAAGCCAGCGUGUAUUUGGAUGACAAAGAUGUUGCUUAGCUGUUGUUACCCAUAUAUGUUGAUUAGCUGGUGUAAACUAACCAGUCUUUAGGAAUGAGCGUGGUAUAGUAGUCUAGUGUGAUAAUGAACCAUGGGAGAAGGUUAGAGAGCGACACGGUUAAUCGGAUAGACCUACUUUGAUGUAGAGUUUGGUAACGCGCUCUUGCGCUGCUAUAACGCCUGGCCUGUGGCUGUUUUCUAGUGACCAGCCUGGCUAUUACUGUAGGCUACUGUCGGGCGCAAUCAGUGUGUGUGUGUGUGUGUGUGUUGGGCAGUCUCUGGUCCAGUGGUAGACUCGUGGGUGGGAUAAUAUAGACAGACAGGUUUAGUUAGGAGUUUAAAGAUUCAUUUAGAGAGAAAGAGAGAGAGAGAGAGAGAGAGAGAGAGAGAGAGAGAGAGAGAGAGAGAGAGAGAGAGAGAGAGAGAGAGAGAGAGAGAGAGAGAAUGCGGAGUAGAGGUCUGUCUGAAAGACCGACAGACGGUACGUGCGCACGUGAACACUUCCUCUCUAUCGUUCUCCCAGGAUACUAAAGUUGUGCCAAACUAUAGAGAACUGACUGUGAUUUUGAGUACAAUUUUUUUCCCUCCUUGUCUUCCUUCAUAUUUGAUGACAGAGUGCAUGGUUGUUAAGUAGUGUUUUAUGUCCCUGUGCAGAUCUAGGCUACUGUUGAAGGAGUGCGUGUGUGUGUGUGUGUGUGUGUGUGUGUGUGUGUGUGCAUGUGUGAGUGUCUGUGUGUGUGUGCGCGUGUCUGUGUGUGUGUGUGUCUGUGUGUUUGUGUGUGUGUGCCUGUGUGUGUGUGUGUGUGUAUGUGUGUUAUUACACUACCAGUAUCUAAAUAACCAGCACCCCUCUGUUCACUACCAGUAUCUAAAUAACCAGCACCCACUCACCCAUUAUCAAUGAUUUUCUUCUAUUUGUGUUCUCGUAUUGAGGUUCAAAUCAUGUAGAUAGCCUGCGUUGCUGAGUGUUGGGGGUGUUACCCAGCAGAGCAGUGUGUGUGUGUGUGUGUGUCUCAUUACCUGGUUCCGUCAAAGCUGCCACUGUAACACAGGGAAAAUAAAUACCUCGACCACAGUUUACCUACAUACCUGGCUAUAAUGUCUCUCCAGUUUACCUACAUACCUGGCUAUAAUGUCUCUCCAGUUUACCUACAUACCUGGCUAUAAUGUCUCCACAGUUUACCUACAUACCUGGCUAUAAUGUCUCUCCAGUUUACCGACAUACCUGGCUAUAAUGUUUCCACAGUAGCUACUACAUGCCAGGAAUACAGUGGGCACAUACACAGUCACACACACACACAGUCACACACACACACAGUCACACACACACACACACACAGUCACACACAUAAUGCCACCUCUGUGUGUGUGUGUGUGUGUGUGUGUGUGUGGUGUGUGUGUGUGUGUGUGUGUGUAUGUGUUCCCUCCCAGCAUAGGAAGGUAUGGUGACCGCGAGGCAGAGCAUUUGUUUACUGAUGGGGCCUUAACACAACUCUCGCAUUCAUUCACUGCUGCCUCUGACGAACACACACACACACAUAUGGGAUUAUCACAUGAUCAACGCUGGAUUAGAUUACAAAUCAUAUUACACAUCAGUUCCAAUCGCAUAGUCUGAUAUCACUAACCUGUGUGUGUGUCUUAGUGUGUGGGUGUUUGUGUGUGUGUGUGUGUGUGUGUGUGUGUGUGUGUGUGUGUGUGUUAUGUAUGCAUAUCUGUGUGUGUGUUAUUUGUCCCAUACUAUCAAGCUAUUUCCUGUAGUGUCUAGUUUUUGGCGCCCACAGCUGCUUAUUCCAACCCUUAUUCCAACACACACACACAAGCACACACACAGACAAAUUUGGAAAAAAACAUAUUUUGGUUAUUGAACUACAGUAAGUGAAGUGGAUUUACACCCGGUAACAGAAUUGCGGUAACGGAAUUUCAUCAUGGGUCCCUGAUCUGUACUACACAGAAAAGGCAUAAUUAUGGAAAUAAAUGUAAUUCUCUUCAUGGUGAUGCGUCCUAAAUAGAUAUAUAUAUAUAUAUAUAUAUAUAAUAUAAAUGGGUACACAAAGGUAGAAAUAUGCAAAAUCCUGAUUUGCAUAUUUGGGUAUUAUUCUUCACACUGGCUAUUAUUUUAAUGAGCUCCGCCCCCAAACAAGAACGCAUUUGGUUGGUCUGGCCCGGACCAAAUCUGAACCAAUCAGAGACGUCUGUAGAGUACGGUAGAGUAUAGUUCAGUACAUUAUAGUUUACUCAACUCUAGUGUGCUCUACUGUAUACUGUACUAUACUCUAUUCUACUGUACUGAACUAUACCCUACUGUACUGAACUAUGCCCUACUUUUACUGUACAAAUGGGCGACAGGUAGCCUAGCGUUUAGAGCGUUGGGCCAGUAACCCAAAGGUCGCUGGUUCGAAUACCUGAGCCGACAAGGUGAAAAAUCUGUCGAUGUGCCCUUGAGCAAGGCACUUAACCCUUAUUUGCUCCACGGGCACCGUACUACUAUGACUGACCCUGUAAAACAACACAUUACACUGCACCUAUCAUACUACUAUGACUGACCCUGUAAAACAACACAUUACACUGCACCUAUCAUACUACUAUGACUGACCCUGUAAAACAACACAUUACACUGCACCUAUCAUACUACUAUGACUGACCCUGUAAAACAACACAUUACACUGCACCUAUCAUACAACUAUGACUGACCCUGUAAAACAGCACAUUACCCUGCACCUAUCAUACUACUAUGGCUGACCCUGUAAAACAACACAUUUCACUGCACCUAUCAUACUACUAUGACUGACCCUGUAAAACAACACAUUACACUGCACCUAUCAUACUACUAUGACUGACCCUGUAAAACAACACAUUUCACUGCACCUAACCAGUGGAUGUGACAAGAAAACAUAUUAUUUUGUUAUUUUUUUACUCUGUGCUGUCCAAUCUUGUCUUUGCCCACUGACAAAGACAUGAUCAGUCUAUAAUUUUAAUGGUAGGUUUAUUUGAACAGUGAGAGACAGAAUAACAACAAAAAAAUCCAGAAAAACGCAUGUCAAAAAUGUUAUAAAUUGAUUUGCAUUUUAAUGAGGGAAAUAAGUAUUUGACCCCUCUGCAAAACAUGACUUAGUACUUGGUGGCAAAACCCUGGUUGGCAAUCACAGAGGUCAGACGUUUCUUGUAGUUGGUCACCAGGUUUGCACACAUCUCAGGAGGGAUUUUGUUCCAUUCCUCUUUGCAGAUCUUCUCCAAGUCAUUAAGGUUUUGAGGCUGACGUUUGGCAACUCGAACCUUCAGCUCCCUCCACAGAUUUUCUAUGGGAUUAAGGUCUGGAGACUGGCUAGGCCACUCCACGACCUUAAUGUGCUUCUUCUUGAGCCACUCCUUUGUUGCCUUGGCUGUGUGUUUUGGGUCAUUGUCAUACUGGAAUACUCAUCCACGACCCAUUUUCAAUGCCCUGGCUGAGGGAAGGAGUUUCUCACCCAAGAUUUGAUGGUACAUGGCCCCGUCCAUCGUCCCUUUGAUGCGGUGAAGUUGUCCUGUCCCCUUAGCAGAAAAACACCCCCAAAGCAUAAUGUUUCCACCUCCAUGUUUGAUGGUGGAGAUGGUGUUCUUGGGGUCAUAGGCAGCAUUCCUCCUCCUCCAAACACGGCGAGUUGAGUUGAUGCCAAAGAGCUCGAUUUUGGUCUCAUCUGACCACAACACUUUCACCCAGUUCUCCUCUGAAUCAUUCAGAUGUUCAUUGGCAAACUUCAGACGGCCCUGUAUAUGUGCUUUCUUGAGCAGGGGGACCUUGCGGGCGCUGCAGGAUUUCAGUCCUUCACGGCGUAGUGUGUAACCAAUUGUUUUCUUGGUGACUAUGGUCCCAGCUGCCUUGAGAUCAUUGACAAGAUCCUCUGUGUACAGUGAGGGAAAAAAGUUUUUGAUCCCCUGCUGAUUUUGUACGUUUGCCCACUGACAAAGAAAUGAUCAGUCUAUAAUUUUAAUGGUAGGUUUAUUUGAACAGUGAGAGACAGAAUAACAACAACAAAAUCCAGAAAAACGCAUGUCAAAAAUGUUAUAAAUUGAUUUGCAUUUUAAUGAGGGAAAUAAGUAUUUGACCCCUCUCAAUCAGAAAGAUUUCUGGCUCCCAGGUGUCUUUUAUACAGGUAACGAGCUGAGAUUAGGAGCACACUCUUAAAGGGAGUGCUCCGAAUCUCAGCUUGUUACCUGUAUAAAAGACACCUGUCCACAGAAGCAAUCAAUCAAUCAGAUUCCAAACUCUCCACCAAGGCCAAGACCAAAGAGCUCUCCAAGGAUGUCAGGGACAAGAUUGUAGACCUACACAAGGCUGGAAUAGGCUACAAGACCAUCGCCAAGCAGCUUGGUGAGAAGGUGACAACAGUUGGUGCGAUUAUUCGCAAAUGGAAGAAACACAAAAGAAAUGUCAAUCUAAACAAAACACACGGGUGAAUAUCCCGGCGAUAAAAGUAACAUAAUGCUCACACAAAGACAUGGGGGAGCAGAGGGAAUAAUUAUACAGAGACUGAUGAGGGGAUAUGUACCACGUGUGUGUGGAAAACAAGACAAAACAAAUGGCAAUGGCAGUGGUAUAGCACAGGCUAUACAAACGCCUCACACCGCGUGGCUGCUGCCACUCUAACCUGGUGGUCCCUGAACGCACGACCCACGUGGAGUUCCAGGUCUCCGGCAGCCUCUGGAACUGCCGUUCUGCGGCCAACAAGGCAGAGUUCAUCUCAGCCUAUGCUAUCCUCCAGUCCCUCGACUUCUUGGCGCUGACGGAAACAUGGAUUACCACAGAAAACACUGCUACUCCUACUGCUCUCUCCUCGUCUGACCAUGUGUUCUCGCAUACCCCGAGAGCAUCUGGUCAGCGGAUUGGUGGCACAGGAAUCCUCAUCUCUCCCAAGUGGACAUUCUCUCUUUCUCCCCUGACCCAUCUGUCUAUCUCCUCAUUUGAAUUCCAUGCUGUCACAGUCACUAGCCCAUUCAAGCUUAACAUCCUUAUCAUUUAUCGCCCUCCAGGUUCCCUUGGAGAGUUCUUCAAUGAGCUUGACGCCUUGAUAAGUUCCUUUCCUGAGGAUGGCUCACCCCUCACAGUUCUGGGUGACUUUAACCUCCCUACGUCUACCUUUGACUAAUUUCUCUCUGCCUCCUUCUUUCCACUCCUCUCCUCUUUUGACCUCACCCUCUCACCGUCCCCCCCUACUCACAAGGCAGGCAAUACGUUUGACCUCAUCUUUACUAGAUGCUGUUCUUCUACUAAUCUCACUGCAACUCCCCUCCAAGUCUCCGACCACUACUUUGUAUCCUUUUCUCUCUCGCUCUCCUCCAACACUACUCACUCUGCCCCUACUCAGAUGGUAAUGCGCCGUCGCAACCUUCGCUCUCUCUCUCCCGCUACUCUCUCCUCUUCCAUCCUAUCAUCUCUUCCCUCUGCUCAAUCCUUCUCCCUCCAAUCUCCUGAUUCUGCCUCCUCAACCCUCCUCUCCUCCCUUUCUGCAUCCUUUGACUCUCUAUGUCCCCUAUCCUCCCGGCCGGCUCGGUCCUCCCCUCCUGCUCCGUGGCUUGAUGACUCAUUGCGAGCUCACAGAACAGGGCUCCGGGCAGCCGAGCGGAAAUGGAGGAAAACUAGACUCCCUGCGGACCUGGCAUCAUCACCAGAAAUUACCUGCCUAGACAAGAUUCACACAGCCCUGUCCAGUGUGUGUGUGUGUUUGUGUGUGUGUGUUUGUGUUUGUGUGUGUGUGUUGAGGUGUCUGUACAGUAUACUGAAGACUGUCUAUACGGUGUCUGGAUACUGCAUUGCAUGUACUGUAUAUUUCUGGGCAGAGGGAUCCUUUCAUUCUUAAGUAACAGAACUAGACACACACACACACGAUUGAUAUUCCUGGAAUGGGCAGGGCUGGUCUGUGUGCCUUGGAAUACCACGACCAGAUCAUAUAGCGUUGUUACUGACACUCGCACGCACGCACACACGCACGCACGCACACACACACACACACACUGUAACCCCUGUAACCCCUGUGUCAGCGUCCCAGACAUAGACAUAUCUUAUGAGUGACAGCAUUCCACAUGCUUGAUCACAUGACACAGAUACACACAAGUUCAGACAGACAGACAGCCAAGCAGGCAGUCAGACAGACAGCCAGACAGACAGCCAAGCAGACAGACAGACAGCCAAGCAGAAAGACAGACAGCCAGGCAGACAGACAGACAGACAGACAGACAGACAGACAGACAGACAGACAGACAGACAGACAAGCAGACAGAGAGACAGACAGCCAAGCAGGGAGUCAGCCAGACAGCCAAGCAGUCAGUCAGCCAGACAGACAGACAGCCAAGCAGACAGACAGACAGACAGACAGACAAGCAGAAAGACAGACAGACAGACAGACAAGCAGACAGACAGACAGUCAGCCAAGCAGGCAGACAGACAGACAAGCAGACAGACAGGGGGGAGGGGGGAAAGAGAUGGGGAGGGAGGUGAGGAGGGAGGGGUGGCACCUAAAGAGAAGGGGGGAGGGAGAGGGGAGACGGGACAGACAGGACAAUUAGACUUCUUAUUUCAUUAAAUUAUUUAUUGUUGGUUUGCUUGCUGUUUUGUCUUGUAUCUAUGUUUUUUUUUCUUUUUUCUUUUUUUCUGUUUUUCACGCAGCCCAGCAGCCCCCGCGAGGCAGGGGAGCCCCCAACCGCCCCCCAAAAUAUAUAUAUAUAUAUUAUUUUAAAUAACAGUAUUGAAAAUCAUACCGUCUGUAUUUCGGUAUUUCAUAUACGGUAUAAACGGUAUAUCGCCCAAGCCUAAUAUAUAUCUACAUAUCUAUCUGUAUAUCUCUCUUAUACAUACAGGUAUGGAUACAGGUAUGGAUAUAUACUCAUUCUCUCUGUGUCUCUGUCCUACAGAACUCAGUGUACUCUCUUUUCCUAUUGUUACACUGACUGACUCUCUCUCUAUUUCCCUCCUCCCCCUCCUCUUCCCUCCCCCUCCCCUUAAUCACUCUCUCCUGCCCUCUCUCCCCACUCUGUCCCCCCUCUUUCUCCCUCCUCUCUCUCUCUUCUCCAGGAGGGCUACCACUCCCGGCGGCCCAAGGAAAAAGUCUUCCUGGAUAGUAACAACAACGAGAACUCGGUCCCCAAAGACUUUGACACCGUUGUCGACAGCAACAGCAACCUCGGGGCGCGUUCACAGUCUCAGCGCCUGCGACCGGCAGGAAACACAGCCAAGCACAAACCGGACAAGGCCCUAACGCAACGAGGUCAACGAGCAGUACCCAACGAGGUCAACGAGGUCAAUCAGCAGUACCCUCUUCCUCCACAGCAGCUCAAACCACACAGACCACACCCCACUAAACCUUCCCUCUCUCCCUCCAUCAAAACAUCCAAUCAGCAUCAGCGACAUCACCAACCCAGGAAGUCGGUGACUGCAGCUCCUGUGUUGGGGCAGCGGAGGGAGCAGCACCAGUGUGAGAUCAGUGGGAAGGAGGCCAUCUCGGCUCUGUCCAGAGCCAAGACCAGGGAGUGUCGUCAGCAGAUAGCUGAGGUGUACUGCAGACACAAGGAGAGGACACUGAUGCCUGAGACCAUUCCUCGAUACUGCACCCUAGAAGGUGAGUCUCAUAGUGAAUGCAUCCCAAAUGGUACCCUAUUCCCUAUAUAG